AUGAAGCCCCUCGGGCCCCAAGACUCUGAACCUGAGUCUGGUCUAACUGGAACUGAAGCAGCUGGAGCACAGUCGCCAGGACUUCGGGCUACUGCUACUGCGGCUACUGCCAAUGCUAAUGCUAAUGUUGCUUCCGUUCCACGAAGGCUUCCUGUCAAUCCCCGCCGACACAAGGUUGCUCCCGAACACCGCAAGCGUGUCGCUACAGCGUGCAAUGCUUGCAACGUGAGAAGAGUCAGGUGCUCUGGUGAGCACCCGUGUCGACAAUGUCAAUCCUCUUCACGCGACUGUGUAUAUCCUCUUCCUGUUGAGAAGGUGUCCGUUACACGCUCAGAGCUCCAAGAGCUAAAACACAAGGUUGAUCUCUAUGAGCGGGUGCUUCGGGAUACUAUACCUGCAGCUAUAUUCAACGCGGUUCCCGAUGCCAACAGUCGCCAAGAGCUAUCUGCAUUGCUUGGUUGGACAGUAUCUGGUUCUGGUCAUAGUGUUGGGCAUGGUGUUGGGCCAACCGUUCCUAUACAUACGAUACCAACCAUAGAUGGCCAUACACAUAUCGCCAGGGGUGCACAUGAGCUUCCUCAAUACCAAUAUCCCAGCGUUCAUCGACAAUUCCAGCAAAUCCCACAGUCUCAAUCUCAAUCUCAGUCUCAGUCUCAGUCUCAGUCUCAAAUUCAAUUUCCAGAUGCGCGAAUCCAAGAGCUCAACCUUGGGCUACCACGAUCACAUCUUCCCCAACCAUCACAUUCCAUACCGACUCAAAACCAGAGGCAAGAUGAAGACGAGAACCUGACGGCUACCGAAGGUCGUCUGCUGCAUGAUCCUGACGGCUAUGCGCGCUUCCUCGGCGAGACGAGCGGUGCAACUUUUCUUGACUACUUGAAAGAGUUCAUGACGACUGUUCUGCCUCUUGCAUACCAGAAUCUUCGCCCGGGCUCCGAUGGCAGUGCGUUCUUGUCGAGUCUUGGCCGCUAUCAGACCUACGACUCUCGUCCUUUGCACGAUCGUGAUGUCGACCCUACAUGGUUCCCUACUCACCCAGAGAUGGAUUCUAUGUUAUCCGAGCUACGGUACUUCAUUCAAGACGGAAACGGAAACUGGCCGAGUGGCGGUAUCUACUGGUGGGGAAAUCUAUCAGUGACACCUGUGAUCCCUUCACUAGAGCGAGACUCGCCAGUCGCCCGAUUGAAAAAGUGCCGUCCUUUCGCUCUGUACCAGACUGCAUUCGCUGUGGUCUCCCAAGCUAUAAUCAUGCCACCCCAGGACAUUUCAAUAGAUUCUCAUCUCAGCGAGAGUUACUUCAGCAGGGCCCGUAUACUCUUGGGGAAUCCUCUUGACAUCACACGCUUUACACCUAAUGAAGUUGCAGCGUUAACUCUGAUGGGAUUCUACCUGAUUGAGAUGAAUCGCCGCGAUGCUGCCUACAUGUGUGUGAGCACCGCCAUGCAUAUCAGCAUCAUGCACGGCUCUCACAGGGGCUGGCUAGAUGAAAGUGGCAAGCGAGUCUUUUGGACGUUGUAUGUGCUAGAUCGCUAUCUCAGUUGCCUGAUGGGAAGACCCCCAACCAUUAUGGAUGACGCCAUCCGUUUAGAACCCCCUCGUGAUGCUCCAUCUAUGCCCCCAGCCGAUGGUCUCAAGGCGCACGUCGAGCUUUCACGAAUCUCAAGUCAUAUCGUGUGUAACACAUAUCGCAUAUCCCCUUCGGAAGAUAUUGCGAGGCCUGUGAAAAGCCUCGAAGGAGAAAUUAAAAUGCUGGAUGCUUGGAGUCUAAAUCUUCCUCCGACCUUACGACUCUCGAGCAACGGACUAAGCGAUGAUCCGGCCACCUGCUUGUUGCACAUGCACUACAACCAGCUCAUUAUCCUAACUAUUCGUCCGGUUUUCUUCGCUUUAGUCAAAAAGUCAUUCGCAGAAAAGCUUGUCUCUCGCCAAUGCUCCUUGAGGACACACCCCCAGCUUCCUCACCUCAAGCGAUGCAUAGCCUCGGCAGAGCACAACAUUCGUCUCGCACGCCAGAUCCUGAUUGUCAACCACCCUCGAAAACUGCUUCAAGCUGGCCUUCACUUCAUAUUCAACGCUGCUAUUGUGUUGAUGCUACAGCAGCUAGUUGAAGAUCUGUGUCCGUCAUCCAGAACCGAAAAGGCCCGAUCACUCGAUCUUGACUUUGUGAUCGGCAGGUUCGAGGAUGAGAGCCGUGUGGGUAGCAACUAUGGGCGAGACUGCGCCACGGUUCUUAGAGACCUCCGUGUUCUUGUGCAGAGACUCCCUAUACCUGUUGAUAUCAGCUCUGCGACACGCUCUAUCAACAUGAGUCAAGCUUCGACAACCUACGAUCCAAUUGCAAACCGAACAACAGUAGACACGGGGCAAUCAUGGCCGGACAAGUUAACUUCAGAGGCACUGCAGCAACCGAUUCUUGUUGACCAAGGCCAUAUGCUAUAUAAUGAGUUGGUUUCGUGGAUAGAUGUUGAUUGGCAGUCCUACAAUGGAACGAAACAAAACGAGGUCGCCCCUACCUGGCACAAAUACGCGGGCAUCGCCGACAGUAAGCCCUUUUCUCUUAUCGGUGACUCGAUUGGGAGAGCAUGGACAGUCAAUCCUUUGGUAUUCAUCCUCCAGUCAGGGACCAAUAGUGGUCGAGCUGAAGCUGGUAUCAAAAUAGACUGGGAGCAUGAAGGCUAUGAAUGGUUCGAUCCAGACGCUAUCGACGACUCGGAAAACUUUGAAAGAGUUCCGCGCAUCCUUGAAAGCCUCCAAAAGGUGUGGUUCAAUGUUGACCUGAGUGAGGCGGCCGGCAACACCCUCGACCAGGGCUUGAUCGCUUUGCAUAACAAUCACGAGAGCGGAGCUCAUCAGCUCGCAUCAGUGGCUCUUCAUACAUACAACGACGUGAUUAUUAGCAAGAUCGACAUUUCUGACAAGGACCGAUGGUGGAGAAACCAUGGGCGGGAAAGCAUGGGCGCAUCGAUGCUAAACAACGUUCUAGCAUGUCUAAGCACGAUUGAGGGUAAACUCCCAUCCAGCGUUGACAACAACAUCAUGGCCCUUGGAAACUCUACUAUCGUAUCGGCUAUAACCCACGUUCUUGGGAAGGUGUCGCAACCUAUACACGUCCACGUGCUCGAAUCGCGCCCGCUUUUCGAAGGUUUUAGUAUGGCUCAGGAAAUUGCUUCCUUUGCCAAUGAAAACAGGCCAAUGCUUGAUCUGACAGUCCACACUGAUGCAAGCGUCGGUGUUGCGGCGAGAGGCAUCGACAUCGUGCUAAUCGGAGCGGAUCUAAUCGACAAAACAGCCGCGGUUAGCAAUAAGGUCAGCUCGUUAUCCACUAUCUUGACAGCCAGAUACAUUGCCCCGCAAGGAAAAUUUGUUGCCCUUUCUAAGAAAGAGAAAGCAUUGCCCUUCUCGCCCCCAGGCUAG